AUGGGCGGGGACCAGCUGCUGUUGCCCAAAGUCCCCAAAGGCGACCCCUCCUUUGGCGGGGCCAACCCGGCCCACCAAGUCGGACGGAAGACCAAGGCUUCCAGAGCAUGUGACACCUGCCGAUCGCAGCGCAAAAAGUGCAAUGGCGAAAAUCCCUGCACCAGUUGCUAUCAGCAAGAAAUCGAAUGCUCCUAUUCGGGCGCUGAUCGACGGAAGAAGGAAGCCUUGAAAUCUCAGAUCCAAGCACUGGAAGACCGCAAUGCCUAUCUGGAGCAUCUCGUUGAACAGCUGAGUCGCAACAGUAGCGACAAGGCGAUACAGAAUUCCCUCCAGCAGUCCGUGCAGCAGAGCCCGCAGGAUGAUGGGAGUACCCAGCACAUGGGCAGUUCACACCCCUCCAGCGUUACAGACGGGAAUACUCAGAUGCCGGACGAAGAGACGUCAGAACUACGGCAUAUGCUUCAUGCUGCAACCUCGCAUCCCCUGGUCAGGUCACCGGAGGCCCAAUGGCAGCAAGGCCGUCAGCAUGGGUACCGGGGCGGAAAGCUCCCCGACGAGAACAUCACCCGCCUUGCGCUCGACGCCUUUUUUGAAUGCGCGGCCACUUCCUUUUAUGUGACGACGGAAAAACAGGCCGCUCGGUUGAUGGAGAAAGUGUACCACAGUUACCACGCGUCACCCGAGGAUACUUGUGAGCUCUGCGCCCUUGCUACUAUCGGCAGUCACUACCUGGGGCCGGAGAUCCCUGAUGACGCCAGGGAAGCGUACUUUUAUCUUGCUUCGACCAGCUUGGAUGAGACAUUGCAGGCGGGUACUAUGCAGGGGAUGCGGAUUUUUAUCUGUCUGUGGAUGAGCUCUAUCAUGGAUACCAGUUAUAGUGCAAAGCUGCUAAUCAUUUCGGCGUUGAAUCUUGCGAGGGGCAAAUUGGAAGCAGACUCGGAGAAGGCCAUGUGGGUCCAAAAUCAAAACGAUGAGUAUCAAAGAACGCUUCAGACCCUGGUCCACUACACCGUCCCUCUGGAGCUCGGCUCGGUGGGCAGCGACGUGCUCACUACAAGACUGGUUCAAACACAAAUGACAAAGCUGGCUCUGAUAGCCUGCAAAACGCGUGAUGAGCUACCUCUAGACAACCAAGAUUACUGGACCGGUGCAGAGAAGCUACUAUCCCGAUUGGACAUCUGGCACCGAGAGCUCCCUGCCAACUUACAUAUUGCGGCAAUCAGCAAUACCCAAGUCUCGGUCGGGGUCCUCCAGGAGAAGUCGUUGUAUAUCAUGCACAUGCUUUACAUGGACACGCGGAUCCAGCUCUACGGUCAACUGCUCAAGGCCUCCUGCGACAGUGACUUGGCGCCAACCCCCGAUCGCUUGAAGACCCUGCUUAGCGAGGUGCCACAGCACGUUGCCAAGUUCCACGCGGAAUUUGCGGUCCAGAUAGUUCGCACUGCCUCCCUCCUCUAUGAGCGAUCCGCGAUAUCAACACGUUGCUGGCUAGUCGUUCGUGCCGUCUUCGACGCCUGCGUUGUGCUCCUUCUCAAUGACUGUAUCAGACUCAUCGUAGGCGCCGAAAACAGCGACAACAUCGCCGACAUCUUUACCCAUAUCAAUGGCUCGCUUACGGUGCUGGACUUCUGCAGCCGCAGUGAUAUCGCUGCCAGCCGGCUACGGGACAUGCUGGAGCCGGUAAUCAAGGGGCUUAGCCGGCUAGGCUUGACCAGCGCGCUGUCGCAGGGAGACUGCAGCAACUCGGAGAUAAUGGAGAUCCAGCACAUCAUCGACCAUAAGCCAGAGCAGAACAUGGAACUUGCUAGGAUGAUUGAGAGGUUGCUGAGUUUCAUCUCGCCGACGAAGAAUAUCUGGAUCUAG